AUGGCGACGAGUCAAACAACCCUCUACAACGAUCCCUUCCUCUCCGAUGUCACGAUCCGCCAGAUCUGCAACGGCGAGACGAAGGAGUACUACGGUCACAAGGCGGUGCUCUGCGCGCACUCCGCUUGGUUCAUGGGAGCUUUCCGGGGCAACUUCAAGGAAGCGACCGACCGUGUCAUCGAGCUCCACGAUGACGAUCCGCUCUACUUCGAGGUUAUGAUGAAGUACAUCUACACUGUGAAGUGGGAGCUUCCUGAGGAUGGGGCAUGGACACAAUUCCAGAAGUGCUCUCUACUACCCAUCGGAGUCUACGCUUUGGCCGACAAGUACGGUGUCGAUGGACUCAAAGCCCGCGCUGUAGAGGAGUUUUGCGAACCUUGGGAUCAUCACUCCGUCGAGGAAGCGAAGCAACUGGUCGAGGCCCACUACACUAAGUGCGUUGAAAUCGACUGUCCGAUGGGUAGACGGGUUGCGCACCGCCUUCUUCAGUAUGGAAGAGCACUCGUGAAGAGCGAGGAGUUUGCGGUACUGGUGAAGAAGUACCCAACCCUUGCCGCAGAUGUGCUUAUUGCGUCUAGUUCUCUCACCUGUUUUCCGCCACGUGCCUCUCCUCCUUCCACAUUCCUGCUAUAUAAACUCCAACUCAAUCUCCAUCCAACCCAGCUUGAACAUAAUCCGACACCAAACAACGCCGGACGGCAUAGAAGCUUUCCUAAGCCUAUAGCGGCAAUCUUCGUCAUGGCGACUGAGAAGAAGAACUCGGCUGCAUCGCUCUUCAACAACCCCACCCUCUCCGACAUCAAGCUCAAACAAAUCCAAAAUGGCCAAGCCCGCGAGUAUCACGCGCACAAGGUCGCCCUGUGCAAAGAGUCGCAAUACUUCAUGAAAGCUUUCACUGGCAACUUCAAGGAAGCAACGGAGGGUGUGAUGGAGCUCCACGACGACGCCCCAGACUACUUCGAAUUCGUCCUCAAGUUCAUCUACACGGAGGAAUACGACAAAGAGGCAAUCAAAAAAAUGGCCGGCGAUGACAAAAUCAGGCGCGUACUCGUUCCCAUAGAGGCCUACGCGGUCGCGGACAAGUACGAUGUCGUGCGGCUCUUCAGUCAUGCGGCCGAGGACGUCCGAGCAGUGCUCCUUGAAAGCAGCGAAAAUGACUACAAGGUCCUAAAGGCGGCGAUUCAGUCCCACUACCGGUCAAGUAUCCGUGCCGACGGCGCCAUGGGAAAAGCCAUAGCAUCAGUUGUUCUCGACCACAAACGCAACUUCACCAAGACCGACCAGUUUGAGCUGGCAAUGACAGACUUCCCGCUCUUCGCCACUGAUCUAGCGCUGGGGUACCACCGUCAAGGCAUGUUCAAGAUCCGCAUAUCGACCUGCAGCAAGUGCACUAAGGUCAAUGCGAUCAUGGCAAGCGGCUUCAACAUUAGUUCGGCUCAACAUCAGUACUGCGCUGGCUGUGAUUCUACGCUACUGGCUUUCGAAGCGGUUUCGAAUUCCGACCUAGAUAACCACCUUUGGUACCAAUGGGAUUGA